UCUAUUUCAUCAAAAACGAAACUAACUGAGCAGUAGCUGCUGAACACGGCAUCUGACAGACACCAUGGCCAGCUUUGCUCCCAUUUACAAUCCUACUGUGCCAUUCCAGAGUGCAAUACUCGGGGGGAUUUCUGAAGGCAAGAGAGUGGUCAUCCAGGGGCAAGCACGCGCCCAUGCCAAGAGGUUUGCAGUAAACUUUGUCUCUUUCAACAAUGACAUCGCGUUUCACUUUAACCCACGAUUUGAUGAGGGAAAUGUCAUUGUGUGCAACACCCAGCAGGGGAACCAGUGGGGCUCUGAAGAAAGGAAAGGUAACAUGCCUUUUCGUAAGAGCACGUACUUCGACAUAGCAAUCACUGUGCUAGGACACGCUUUCCAGGUCACAGCAAAUGGGCAAUUUUUACUGGAAUAUCGUCACCGUUUGUCUUACCAAACCAUCCAGUCUGUUCAAGUCAAUGGGGAUGUCAAUCUCAGCUGUGUCACCUUCUCUGGGCCUAUGGAGCAAAUUUUACUCGCCCCACCUCCUUAUAGCAUGAUCCAAAGCUUUGUUUCAAGUGGGUUUGCACCUCCUGCAUAUUCAGCACCAUUGAUGCCAAGCAUGGUGAUGCCACCUGCAUUUAGUCCCAUGCAGGGUCCUGUGACUAUUCAUAACCCGAUGAUGCCCUUCCAAAGUGCUCUGCAGGGGACUUUUCUCCAGAACCGUAAUAUCGUCCUCGCUGGGAUUGUAAGCUAUGGAGCAGACAAGUUUGCUGUUAACCUACUGAACAGCAGAACUAGGAAUAUCUACCUCCAUAUAAAUCCUAGAUUUCGGGAAGGGGCAUUAGUGAGAAACACCCAGGACAGAGGCACUUGGGGACCUGAAGAGAGACACGUGUCUUACAUGCCAUUUUCACCCGGGCAAAACUUUCAGAUGGAGAUCAGAAAUGAAGGAGCCUGUUUUGGUGUCUACGUAAACGGAACAAAAGUUUUCACCUACGUUCAUCGUCUGCCGGUCACCCAGAUUGACAUGAUGGAGGUGUCUGGAGAUGUGACUUUGUCCUAUGCCCAGUUCUAAGUUCUUGUUUCAGGAAUUAUAAAAAAAACAAGAAAAUCUAUAGCAAUUGAGUAGUACAAAGUGACACAUUUAUACAUAUACUUUAAAUAUGUGCUCCCAUUCGAGAACUUUCCUGCACUGAUACACCCAUAGAGUUAUUUAUCAAAGUGAGAAUUGUAGGGAAUUCAAAGUGAUUUUACAUUCAGGGCCAAAAUUGUUGAACUGAACUAAAAAAAAUCUCUAAGUCAUCUAUGCAUCCAGUUCAGUUAUGUUUGACAAAUUUAAAUUCAUUUUGAAUUCUUUUUGAAUUCCUGAUAAAUUUUAAUUUAGUAAAUAUUCACGCGAAGGAUGGAAUAUUUAAAGUAACCUCAUGGUAUGAAAAGUAACAAAAAAUCCUCAAUUGAAACAGCAAUGUGGGGUUCUUACAAAGAUCUUACAUUAACUGUUUCAGUGUCGCAAAACCAGUGCUUAGAUGGAACAUACUGCUUCUUUUAAUUUUAUACUUUCAAAUGUUUUACAUAGGACUAUCAUGUUCUAGGUUGGCCAACCAAUGUGCAUCAAUUUUACAUAGGAUACAAACUGCCCAUUACUAGUUACAAAAAAAACUGUUAUUUAAUUCUUCAUUGCUGUACAUUACUUCGGUGCUUAAAGGGAUGGCAAAGGGUGUUGGGAAGUAGGGAGUAUAUACUUAUUUAGGUGUGAAGGCCUCAAAUAUUGUUUAAAAUGAACGAAAAAUGGG